GCUAAGUGUUUAGAUUUCUCGCCGGCGCCGCUGCCCCGGCAGAGCGCGCCACUCCUUCGUCGAGGCAGGACGUGCGUCCGAGUCGCGCGGAGCAGAGGCCAGCAGGAGCCGUGCCAAGCCCAGGCCAACCGUGCCCAGCAGCCCCGCGACCCGGGCAUCCUCUGCCUUCGCUCCCACCCGGAAUCGCGCUCCCCGCGCCGGCAUAGCAGCUCCCGCUGCGCCAGGACCGGAUCGCGCGCCGCCACCGGAUCGCGCCCGCUGCAGAGCCAACAUGCCCAUCACUCGGAUGCGCAUGAGACCCUGGCUAGAGAUGCAGAUUAAUUCCAACCAAAUCCCCGGGCUGAUCUGGAUUAAUAAAGAGGAGAUGAUCUUCCAGAUCCCAUGGAAGCACGCGGCCAAGCAUGGCUGGGACAUCAAUAAGGACGCCUGUCUAUUCCGGAGCUGGGCCAUUCACACAGGCCGAUACAAAGCAGGGGAAAAGGAGCCAGAUCCUAAGACAUGGAAGGCGAACUUUCGCUGUGCCAUGAACUCCCUGCCAGACAUCGAGGAGGUGAAGGACCAGAGCAGGAACAAGGGCAGCUCAGCUGUGCGGGUGUACCGGAUGCUUCCACCCCUCACCAAGAACCAGAGGAAAGAGAGAAAGUCCAAGUCUAGCCGAGAUGCUAAGAGCAAGGCCAAGAGGAAGUCAUGUGGGGACUCCAGCCCCGAUACCUUCUCUGAUGGACUCAGCAGUUCCACCCUGCCUGAUGACCACAGCAGCUACACAGCUCAGAGCUACAUGGGGCAGGACUUAGAGAUUGAACGGGCCCUUACUCCAGCGCUGUCACCAUGUGCCGUCAGUAGCACUCUCCCCGACUGGCACAUCCCAGCGGAAAUUGUGCCGGACAGCACCAGUGACCUGUACAACUUUCAGGUGUCGCCCAUGCCCUCCACUUCUGAAGCUGCAACAGACGAGGAUGAGGAAGGGAAAUUAACUGAGGAUAUCAUGAAGCUCUUGGAGCAGUCGGGGUGGCAGCCGACAAACGUCGAUGGGAAGGGGUACCUGCUCAAUGAACCUGGGGCCCAGCCCCCCUCUGUCUAUGGAGACUUCAGCUGCAAGGAGGAGCCAGAAAUUGACAGCCCUGGGGGGUAUAUUGGACUGAUAUCUUCUGAUCUGAAGAACAUGGACACCAGCUGGCUGGAUAGCCUGUUGCCUCCAGUCAGGCUACCCUCCAUCCAGGCCAUUCCUUGUGCUCCAUAGCUGGGCCCCUGGCCCCCUUUUACUUCCUUAGGCGAGCAGGACCUGGCAUCAUGGUGGUUGUGGUGCAGAGAAGCAGGACUCCUGUGGGCCCUUUGACAUGGCAAAAGUGUGACCCCACUGCCGAGCGGGGAUGGGGCCUCCCUCCUUGGGACAGUGGCCUCUUGAGGCCUGCCAGGCCAAGGUCUGGGCUCAUCUUGUGGGGUUAAAGCUGGCCCUGCCUCUCCAGAAGAUGGGGUUCUGAGAUUGGUGUGUCAGAUGGAAGUCUCAGAAAGGAGUCAGCCUACAGCUUUCCCCUCUGAGCCCAGCUACCUGGAGAGGGUCUCACUGUCACUGAGCUGGCCCGAGGGAGUGGACCAGUGACCUCAGAAAAGCAUAGCACCAACCCCAGGGCUGGCUCUGCACUAAGAGACAAUUGCACUAAGUGAAUCCUGUUCCCAAACAACCGCUUCCCUUCCCUUCUGAGCCCUGGGGACUAUUCCAAAGCCAGUGAAAUGUGAAGGAAAAAUGGGGUCCUGUGGGACAAUACUCCCUCAGCCUCAGAGGAGCUCUGCCCUGCUUCCUGCUUGGGCUGAGGGGCUUGGGAAAAAACAUGGCACUUUUUCUUGUGGCCCUUGCCACACAUCUGAUCAGAGGUGUACACUAACAUUUCCCCCAAGCUCUUGGCCUUUGCAUUUAUUUAUACAGUGCCUUGCCCUGCGCCCACCUGUCCCCUCAGGCAGGCCCCAGCAGCCCUCAGCAGGCCCAGGGAGGGAAGUGUGAGCGCCGUGGUGUGACUUUUAAAAUUGGAAAUUCCAUCUAAUCACUAAGUCAUGUGUGAUCACGUAUGUACAUGUGUGUAAAUAUGUACAUUUGUCUUUUUAUAAAAAGUCAAUUGUUUAUA